AUGGGCUCUAAGGCAGCAGUCGCCGAGACGGCUCCCUCUCGCCCAAUUGCCAUGGUGUCGCUAGAUGGAGGCGGCGUUCGUGGACUGUCAUCAUUGCUCAUACUACGCAUGUUACUCAUCCUUGUCACCGAAGAGCUCGCCAAACGCAACGCAAUCCCCAAAGAUCGAACCACCCUCAACCCCCAGGAUGUUUUUGACAUCGCGGUCGGCACCAGCACCGGUGGCCUGAUUGUUCUGAUGCUUGUCAAGCUCAACAUGUCCAUUGAUGAGUGCAUCGAACAGUACAAGAUCCUUUCCGGGCGCAUCUUUUCCAAGGAACGGUCGGCUAUCAAGAGGGUGUUUGGCGACUGGUCAAAGUUCUCGGGAAGAGAGCUGCAAAAGUCGAUCGAGAGUCUGCUGGCUUCUCGGGGGCAUCCGCCUGAUCUCAAAAUGCGUAGCCCGCAUCCAAACAGUAUGCAAGGAACUGUUCUUUGCCACGAAAGACCCAACCCUCAUCCUAUCUUCUUCUGCACCCACGAGUGCCAAGGACCGUACCGACAACAAAUCCUCGACUGUGACCUGGAGUUACGGCAGGCAGCUCGAGCAACUUCGGCAGCUCCGUCGUAUUUUGAACCGAUGAUCAUCCGAGGGCGCUCGUUCACAGACGGCGGUCUCGGCGAGACCAACAACCCAUCUUGGGAAGGCAAACUGCACUAUCACAAGAACCACGGGCUGAAUGAGGACGAACAGCUCGUGAUGAUCAACAUUGGGACAGGGACUUUGCCACAGGAAUUCUUCCAACAGCCGUUGCCAACACGACCAUGGUGGGCCAAGCUGAUUCCAAAUGGAGUGGUCGAUGCACUCGGUCUAGUGGCAGAUCUAGUCAAGAUUGCGACGGAAUCGGAACAGCGGGCGAUCGAUCUGUCAUACAUUUCUAGCAUCAUUCCGAACCAGUUCUUCUUUGAUAGAUUCAGUGCCGACACUGGACUUCAUCACAUCAAGCUCGACAAUUGGAGAGCUGUCAAGGAUACCGAUGGUCCCAGCGAGAUUGAAACCAAGACGAACGCAUACCUCAAGAAGCCAGAAGUUCGAGACCGCCUCGUAAUAGCUGCGAGAAGGUUGGCGGAUGUUUAUGUCACACGCAACAACAAGCCGGUGUCCCGAUCGAGCACUCUGUCCGAAGAGAUUGCCUCGGUCCUACCUCAGGGGUCGUCACUAGAAGAUGUUGCCAGAGUCGACCUCACCAUCCAACUUGGCUAUGACACCCCCUCCGAACGGCUUCAAUCUCCAGGACGCCGCAGCAUCGUGCUCAACCAUCCAAGCGCUGAGAAAGCUCCCAGCUUGAUCACCGGUUCCGACCCGACUCGAUCCGCAGAAACGUCUCAACCGCCCACGCCAAACCCGGCUCCCAAAUCCCUCUCGAACCACCAUGAAAUCACCGUCGAGCCUGAAGAGUCGGACUUGCAAGGUGAAGGUGAUCAGUUCGACGGGACCAAGGACGUUCCCAUCACACCGCUAUUCGCCUCGUCAGGACGAUCACCCACCAGGAAACCGAAGCGGGCAUCUACGUAUCCUCCACGGUCCAGCCCGGUUGAAGAUUAA